GGUGAUCAGACAGCACUGCACCGGGCUUCUGUCGUAGGGAACACCGAUGUUAUAGCAACUCUGAUUCAGGAGGGGUGUGCUUUGGACAGACAAGACAAGGUAACAGGCAAAAGCGAAGCCCUGACUGCUCUUCAUGAAGCUUGUUGGCAUGGAUUCAGUCAGUCUGCCAAAGUGCUCGUUAAAGCAGGAGCUAACGUUCUUGCCAAGAACAAGGCAGGUAACACACCUCUUCACCUGGCCUGCCAGAAUAGCCAUUCUCAGAGUACUCGUGUUUUGUUACUUGGAGGAUCUCGAGCAGACCUCAAAAAUAAUGCAGGAGAUACCUGUCUGCAUGUGGCUGCUCGUUAUAAUCACUUGCCCAUCGUUAGGGUGCUGCUCAGUGCUUUCUGUUCUGUCCAUGAAAAGAACCAGGCAGGGGAUACUGCGCUCCAUGUAGCUGCUGCUCUAAACCACAGGAAGGUGGUUAAGCUGUUGCUGGAGGCAGGGGCUGAUGCAUCUGUGGUCAACAAUGCAGGUCAGACCCCUUUAGAGGUUGCCAGACAGCACAAUAACCCUGAGGUUGCGCUCCUCCUUACUAAAGCAUCACAGGUCUCACGCUUUAACCGCGGAAGAAGCCUGAGGAAGAAGAGAGAGAAGCUGAAGGAGGAAAGACGAGCUCAGUCAGUACCACGGGAUGAAGCAGUACAGAGCAAGGGCAGCGUCUCAGCUGCUGACGACACACCAAGCAGCGACCAGCCACCACAGCGGAAGGGCGAUCUGAAGGAUGAACCCCGGUCAACCUCACCAGAUCCCAAAGGGAAGAAGAGCAAGAAGAAAAAGCCAAAGGAAAAGGUUUCAGCACUCUCGGACCCCAUCUCCCCAGCUGAUCAGCAGACACUCCCUCGGCAAAACGUGCCUAAGCGCCGAAGUAAACAUCACUGCUCCUCGCCGCCUCCUCCCCACGAGGUCCGAGCCUACCAGCUCUACACGCUCUACCGAGGAAAGGAUGGGAAGGUGAUGCAGGCACCGAUAAAUGGAUGUCGUUGUGAGCCCCUGAUAAGUAAACUGGAGAAUCAGCUGGAGGCAACAGUGGAAGAGAUAAAAGCUGAGUUUGGGACAGUACAAGAUAAGAUGAAUGUUAAGCUGGGCCAGAUGGAAAGCAAAACUCAGCAUCAACUCCGUGUUUUAGACAAGCUUAUGGCUGAACGGCUGUCCGCAGAGAGAACAGAGUGCCUUCACCGCCUGCAGCAGCACACUGAGCUGGAAAAAAAUGAGGGGGAGAAACGGCAGAUUUCCUUGGUCGAUGAGUUGAAGACUUGGUGCAUGUUGAAGAUUCAGAAUCUGGAGCUGAAGCUUUCUGGAGAUUCCAGGUCAUCAAGACCAAAAUCAACUUUGUCCACUUGUGAGUCUCUCACUGAGACCCUGGAUACCGAGAACAACCCCCACAGUGCCAAGGACUGUAAAGCCAACCAGCCUGUGCUGCAGGCAGAGGGCUCCCACCAGCAUUCCUGUAUCACGCUGCCAAACAGCCUCUUGGAAGAUGGAGGAAGGAGCAGAGUCCAGAUGCCAGAACAGAGCUUUGGGCAACAUUUUUGCAUUCAACAGGAUGGUGCAUCAGGUGCAACCUUGUCAGGUACAGAGCAACAGUUAAUCAUUAGCGGACCAGUUUCUUCUGCCCCCGCUCAAGAUGUCAGGCCAAAGGACAAAGCUGUUAGUGGCAGCACGUUCCACAGGUUGCAGCAGGACCUGCCCUCCUCUGAGCUUUCGGGCUCCAAAUUAAGACACGUGAAGGUUCAAGCUACUUUGCAGCCCUUGACUGAACCAGCAAAGACUGAACCACAGAGUGGCUACUUCAUUGACAAAGGAACUCAGACAAAGAAGUCCAGCAAAAGCGCACAGUCGAGGCACAAAGCUCUGCACCACACCGGGGCACAUCAGAGCCAGGAGCAGCAGCCCCUGGCCCUGCCUGCGGGACAGCCGCCUGCCCCACUGCUCAGAGACACCUCCCAGGCCCUGGAGAUAACCCAGUACUUCUUUGAGGCGGUUUCCACACAGAUGGAGAAGUGGUAUGAACGGAAGAUAGAAGAAGCCCGGUGCCAAGCUAAUCAGAAAGCGCAGCAAGACAAAGCUGCACUCAAGGAGCAUAUUAAAAGCUUAGAAGAGGAGCUCAGCAAAUUAAGGACUAAAGUGCAGAAAGAGAGCUAG